AAUACAUACACAUAUAGAGCCUAUAUAUAUCUUAGCUAGCCGUCCAUGUACAAAACUCCAUAUAGAGCAACACAAUCAACUUAAACUCAAGCAAACUCAGCUUUCAUCCCUUUCAUUUUCCCAGUUAAAUUAUUGCUAAAAACAUAUAAGUACAUAGAUACACUCCUCCAAAUCUCAAUGGAACUUCCAUCUUUCAGCUGUGAGAUAAGAAUAAUACAAGCCCAAAAUGUCGGGAUCACGAAAAACUUAUUUGCAAGGUUGUAUCUUCCUGCAGGAAACAACAGAUCAAGCAUUCAACUCAACAGUAAAAUGGUAUCUUCCAAAUCCAACCCUUGUUGGAAUGAGUCCUUCAGUCUAGAUUGUUCGUGUUCUGAAGAAUUCUUAGAGACCCUUCAGAAGGAAAGCCUGGUGUUAGAGCUAAGGCAAAGCAGCGCGGCUACAAAAGUGUUAAGGAGGAUUUUUGGAGGGUCACGUCUUGUGGGGAAGUGUGAGAUUCCAUGGAAGGCAAUUCUUGAAUCACAAAACAUGGAGUUCAAAGAGUGGGUGAAGAUUGAUUCAUGUGAUGAAGACUCUUCCACCACCUUCAGUGUACCAGAAGUGCAAGUGGAGAUCAAAAUAAAAGUAGUGGCUUCGGAAAAGAAAGACAAUAGCUCAAAAAGAUUGAACAAGUGGGAUGAGUGUGGGUGUAAACAAGGUCAUGAUCAUCAUGCAUGGUGCAGCGCUGAAGAUUAUCAUGUCUUUUCUUUUGGUGCUGCUUUAGAGGCUUUUUGAUUAAAAGUAGAGCAAACAAUUCAUAGAUCCACUAACUUAACUAGCUAGUCAUCAGUAUUGGUUGUUUAUUUUUUAUUUAAUGUUGGAAUUCUUUAUGCAAUCUAUGAUUUCUUUAUCCAAUACCAGAUUAUUUGUGUCACAA